AUGGCACCGCGCUACAAGAUUGCUGUCAUCCAGCUCCACCCUAAGCCCCUCAACCCCUCCUACAACUUCUCCAAGGCCGCCGACUUCAUACGAGCCGCCGCUUCAAAAGGCGCCCACCUCGCUGUUCUCCCCGAAUAUCAUCUCACAAAUUGGGUGCCCGAAGACCCUCAAUUUUUUCCCCUUUGCAAGCAAUGGAACGAUUAUCUGCACAGAUAUCAAGAGCUGGCAAAAGAGCUCAAAAUAUGCAUAGUGCCGGGCACGAUAGUGGAAGCACAUAAGGAUGAAGAGACUGGGGAGGAUCAAUUGCAUAAUGUUGCUUAUUUCAUUGAUGAUAAGGGCGAAAUAUUGGGACGGUAUCAGAAAAAGAACCUCUGGCAUCCCGAGCGCCCACAUCUGACCUCUUCAACCCACGCCCCACACGAGAUGCUCCAGACGCCCCUUGGCCCCGUUGGGAUUCUCAUCUGCUGGGAUCUAGCCUUCCCAGAAGCAUUUCGAGAGUUGAUAGCCAAAGGCGCAAAAACAAUAAUCAUUCCCACAUUUUGGACGCACGCCGACUGCUCUGCCUACGGUCUUUCCAAGAAUUCUAUGUCCGAAAAGCUUUUUCUCGAAUCAACAAUUACCGCGCGAACUUUUGAGAAUACGUGUGCAGUAGUCUUCGUCAAUGCCGGCGCUCCGCCCGAAAAUGAGAAAUCAAUGUAUGCAGGAUUGAGUAGAGUGGCGAUGCCAUUCGUUGGGGGUUUAGGGGACGAGACGAAAGAUACCAAUAAAGAAGGGAUGAGUGUCGUGGAUGUGGAUAUGGAGUUGGUAGAGGAAGCCGAGAAAAAUUAUAAGGUCAGGGCAGACAUCGAGGGUGAAGGAUGGCACUAUACUUAUCGGCAUCAAGGAGGUGGGAAGGUGGAGUAG